AGAGAGAGAGAGAGAGAGAGAGAGUUAUAGAACUUUAUCAUGUGGAAAUUAAAAGUUGCGGAGGGAUCAAACCCAUGGUUGCGUUCAGUAAAUGGACACGUGGGCCGCCAAAUAUGGGAGUUUGAUCCGGAUCUGGGUUCUCCUGAAGACCUGGCUGAAAUUGAGAAGCUUCGCGAGGAAUUUCAUAGUCUUCGCUUUGAGAAGAAGCAUUCUUCUGAUCUUCUCAUGAGACAUCAGUUUUCAAGGGAUAAUCCGAGCAACACAAAUUUUCCCCAAGUAAAAGUGAAAGAUUUGGAGGAUGUUACUGAAGAUAAAGUAGUCAAUACUUUAAGGAGGGCCAUCAGUUUCUAUUCAACUCUGCAGGCCCAUGAUGGUCAUUGGCCAGGCGACUAUGGAGGCCCUAUGUUUCUUAUGCCUGGCCUGGUUAUUACAUUAUCAGUUACUGGGGCAUUAAAUGCAAUACUUUCGAAGGAGCACAAGCGUGAGAUUUGCCGCUAUCUCUACAAUCAUCAGAACAGAGACGGUGGAUGGGGUCUGCACAUUGAGGGGCCAAGCACCAUGUUUGGUUCUGUUCUGACCUACGUUACUCUGAGAUUGCUUGGUGAAGGACCAAAUGAUGGAGAUGGAUCAAUGGAGAAAGGUCGAGACUGGAUUUUGAAUCAUGGUGGUGCUACUGCAAUAACAUCUUGGGGAAAGAUGUGGCUUUCGGUGUUGGGGGCCUUCGAAUGGUCUGGAAACAAUCCUUUGCCACCCGAGAUAUGGCUUCUUCCAUGGAUUCUUCCAUUCCAUCCAGGAAGGAUGUGGUGUCAUUGUCGAAUGGUUUAUCUCCCCAUGUCCUAUUUGUAUGGGAAAAGGUUUGUUGGUCCAAUCACCCCCACAAUUGUCUCUCUGAGGAAGGAACUCUAUAUAGUUCCAUACCAUGAAAUAGACUGGAAUAAAGCUCGCAACGAGUGUGCGAAGGAAGAUCUAUACUACCCACACCCUGUUCUACAGGAUAUACUUUGGGCAUCUCUUCACAAGUUUGUGGAACCUAUUAUGUUAAAUUGGCCAGGGAAGAAGUUGAGAGAGAGAGCUCUUAAUACUGUUAUGGAGCAUAUACACUAUGAGGAUGAAAACACUCGUUACAUAUGCAUUGGCCCCGUAAACAAGGUGCUGAAUAUGCUCUGCUGUUGGGUGGAAGACCCUAAUUCUGAAGCUUUCAAGUUGCACCUUCCAAGAAUCUAUGAUUACCUGUGGGUUGCAGAAGAUGGAAUGAAAAUGCAGGGAUACAAUGGAAGUCAGUUGUGGGAUACUUCCUUUGCUGUUCAAGCUAUAAUUUCAACAAAACUUGUUGACGAAUUCGGGCAAACACUAAGAAAAGCUCAUACAUACAUAAAGAAUUCACAGGUGUUGGAUGAUUGCCCAGGCAAUCUUGAUGAUUGGUAUCGUCACAUUUCCAAAGGUGCCUGGCCUUUUUCGACUGCAGACCAUGGUUGGCCUAUUUCAGAUUGCACUGCUGAGGGACUGAAAGCAGUUCUGUUGCUUUCAAAGUUACCAAAUGAAGUUGUUGGUGAACCACUUGAUCCCAAGCGGUUAUACGAUGCUGUGAAUGUUAUUCUUUCACUACAGCUAAUCAAUCCUGCUGAAACUUUUGGCGACAUUGUCAUUGAUUAUCCCUAUGUUGAGUGCACUUCGGCUGCUAUUCAAGCACUAACAGCAUUUAAGAAAUUAUACCCUGGGCAUCGCAAAGUAGAAGUUGAGCGCUGCAUAGAGAAAGGUGCAAAAUUCAUUGAAAAAAUUCAAGCAGCCGAUGGCUCCUGGUAUGGUUCUUGGGCAGUUUGCUUCACUUAUGGAACAUGGUUUGGGGUAAAAGGCCUGGUGGCAGCUGGUCGAACUUUUAAUAAUUGCUCUGCCAUUGGCAAGGCUUGCGAUUUUCUGUUGUCUAAACAACUCCCCUGUGGCGGCUGGGGAGAGAGUUACCUUUCAUGUCAAAACAAGGUGUAUAGUAAUUUAGACGUGAGCAGGUCUCAUGUGGUAAAUACAGGAUGGGCUAUGCUGGCUCUCAUUGACGCUGGGCAGGCUGAGAGAGAUCCCUUGCCAUUGCACAGAGCAGCCAAAGUCCUAAUAAAUUCGCAGUGUGAAAAUGGUGACUUUCCACAACAGGAAAUAAUGGGGGUCUUCAACAAGAAUUGCAUGAUCACAUAUGCUGCAUAUAGGAAUAUAUUCCCUAUUUGGGCUCUUGGAGAAUACCGUUCCCGGGUUCUACAAGCCCAAUUAAGUCAGCUGCGUUAGUUUUAGACGUUUCCUUGUAAUGGGCUGGAAAGUUCGAUUAGUUUGUCUUGUAGCUCAUCUAUAAUCUAUUUGGUAUUUCCUCACAAUAACUUGUUCUGAGUCCAAUUUGAUAUGCGUACACAUGAGGCACAUAAUUCAAUUCGAUUCAGUAUAACGAUUUUACUGUUUUGCU